UUCAUUACUUUAGAUUUGAUAAAUUGCAACAGAUCAAGUGAAAAAGUUUAGAAACCCUACUAACUCAGUGCUUACUAACACACCUUUUGGUUGAUGUGGCAUCUUGCCAAAUUCUUUUUUUUCUAACACUAUUCCAUGCAGAAUGUUUUAAAUAUUUACAUUUACAGCAUUUUGCAGACUUACAAUUAUCUGAAUAGACUUACAUUAUCUCAUUUUUUUAUACAGCUGAGCAAUUGAGGGUUAAGGGCCUUGCUUAGGAGCCCAAAAGUGGCAGCUUGGUGGACCUGGGAUUGAAUUUACAACCUUCCGAUUGGUAGCCCAACACCAUAACCAGUAGGCUACCACAGCUUCAGUCUGCACGUCUUGCAAAAAGAUUUUGAGAAAAACAUGUAAUAUCUCAUGUAUAAUAUUUGUUCAGUUCCUGUAAUGCACAACACUUUGAGAUGAUGUAAUCUGAGGUAUAAAAGAGGUUGUGUGUCUUUUUUUUGUUUUCAUUGUGCAAUAAAUUGCCAAAUCAUUAAGUAGAGCAUUUAAGUACAUACUGGAGACAUCAGAGCCAGGGAUACCACCAGCAUUAACAAAGAACCAUGCAGUGGACAGAGAAUCUCAGCAAGUUGGUCCUGGCAGUGGAUUCAGUUACACUGAUCGCAGGUCUUCCAACUAAUCUUUUGGCUCUCUACGUCUUUAUCCAUAAGAUGAAGCAUCAAGUUACACCCCUCAAUGUAUUCUUGCUCAGCCUCACCAUCUCUGACCUGAUCUUCCUGUUCUUCCUUCCAUUGCGCAUGAAAGAGGCGGCCGAAAUGAAAUGGACCAUGAGCUACUUUCUUUGUCCGCUUUCAGGAUUUAUCUUUUACUCAUCCAUUUACAACAGCACCUUGCUUUUGAUGGCUAUCAGUGUGGAGCGCUAUCUGGGAGUGGCCUUUCCAAUCAUGUACAAACUCAAGAAACAUCCUCGAUAUGCCAUGAUUGCAUGCAUCAUAUUCUGGUUGGUUUCCAUGGCACAAUGCAGCUUGGUCUAUAUUAUUCAGUACUAUAACUUCAAUAACACCGUCCCUGAUUCAUCCCAAAAAGAGCUCUGCUAUUAUGAGUUUACAGAAGAACAGCUGAAGCUUGUUUUGUCUGUCCGUUUCGAAUUGUUUGUUCUGCUGUUCUGCAUCCCUUUUAUCGUCUGCAGCUUCUGCUACAUCAGAUUCAUCCUCAUCCUCUCUCGGCUACCUAACAUCAACCCUCAGAAACGCUACAGGGCCAUUGGGCUUGCCCUAGCCACCCUCCUGGUCUUCAUCUUCUGCUUCAUGCCCUACAAUGUUUCUCAUCUUGUGGGAUUUAUUGGAUGGUACAGUCCUGACUGGAGACCAUACGCACUCCUCACCAGCACCUUUAAUGCCUGCUUGGACCCUCUCAUUUUUUAUUUCUCCUCUUCAGUUCUCCGGGCGACUUGCGAUCAAUUGAUAAGGAGACUAGUCAAUAGCAUACAACCUUUCUGCUGCUGGAAAUUGCUUAACUCUCCUCACACGACACAGAGAUCCAAUGGCACUUCUGGCACACAAUGACAUGCUGGAAUGUAACAUUGCAUAUAAGUUAACUUUGUUGGUUCAUGGUGUUUGCCAGGAUGUUAUAGAACAAUCUUACAGCUGUUGGUGGGCCAAAAGUGUAGCCCUUAUUCUUUUCUAAAUCUUUUGGCUAUCUAAGAAUAAACAUACCUCUUGCUUA